CUCUCUGCAAAAUUGCUUGGUUGAUUUCCAGUUGAGUUAAUUAAUCGAUCUGGCGUUCGUGCUCUGCCGAUUCUGCGAAUCCGGUUUGAUCUUCCUUUCAAGUCUCGAAUCCGGUUUCCUACUUCCAUUUUGCCAAGUUACCAAUCUAGAAUCUGUAUAUCAAUUCGCAGGUGCGUUUUCGGGUUAUGCAUUUCAUCGUCUCUUAGAAUUUCGUCUAGCUCGGUGAAUCCACGAUUAGGAUUUGGACGAUCUGGGAAUUUAGUGUAUAAAUUGUUUUCGGAUGCGUAAUUUCUGCGUUAUCAACUUGUACAAAAGAAUUCCUGCGUUAUCAAGCGAUCUGGAGAUCCGAAUAUCGAUCCCCAGGGGAUUUGUGUGAGCGACACUUUUUUCUUUGUUUGCUUUCUCUUUCGCGCUGUGGAGCCAUGUUCUAUGGCACAGCAGUAUGGGACCCUUGGCUUAUUGUUGGGCAGAUCAUUUGCCUUCAGUGCUCUUACUAUCUCACUCUAGGACUCUUCAUGAUGCUUUUUCUUGGCCUUCGCGUUCCUCGCCUCAGUCUUGUCUACUUCUUCGAUUACGCUACACUCACUACUUCAACCCUCACCGGUUGGUGUGUUAUUGCCUCAUUCUUCUUCGCUUCACUCGCAGGGGCCGUGUACAUGAUAUUUGUGGUGGAACGAGCACGGAAAUGCUUAGAUUUCUCUGCAACUCUCUACAUCAUACACCUCUUUUUGUGCAUCAUGUAUGGAGGAUGGCCUUUGUCUAUGGCAUGGUGGGUUGUCAAUGGAACGGGACUCGCUGUAAUGGCAUUGCUAGCUGAGUACUUGUGCUUUAAACGCGAACAGCAAGAGAUUCCUAUGGAUCGAUUCCAUUCACGGUGACUCAUAGACUCUAAAAGAGAUCAACAAAACUCUUAACAAAUGUGAUGUACAAAGACGAAAUCGGGGGAUUAGAAGUUCAGCCAUGUUGGCAUGUCCUGUGGGAUAUUAUUGGCGAAAGGAGUUGCCACUAGUGCACCAACUCUGUCUGCAAUUUUAAUGAUUUCAAAAUUUAAGACAAUGGAAUACGUUUCUGGUUUUUUUUUUUGGUAUGAAAAACCAUUAGACCCAAUAGGUUUUGAGUGGUUGCUUUGAUGUUGCCUUUUGCUCUUAUUUUGAAUUUUUACUAAACGUUUCUGAUCUUCUCUCGAAUCACUAUUGCUUUGUGUGUUGCGAUUAGCGCCUUAUUCAUUCAUGAUUCAUCUUACUCUCGUGUUGUAGUCUUAUGACUUAUACCACCCAUGGAAUCUUCGUACACUUCAAAAU